AUGAGCAUCCCAGACGAGCUUAGCGACCGAAGUGAGGAUAUUGAUCAAGAAUUACUCUUAAAUAACAAUGUUAAGUUUAAAGAAACUGGGGAUAAGAACCUCGUUCAAGGAGAUCGGAGCAUCUCUGCUCUGAGAAGCGAGGAAGAGAGUGAUAUGAGUAUCCCGGAGGAGUUAUAAGCGAAGUUGAUUUUGAGUCUCAUGAAGGACCGUUAGAAUUGUAUACUGGCCCUGGCUCUUUAGAUAAAAGCGCUGAGGAGCACAAGAGCGAUAUCAAUAAGAAUCAUCUCUCUCUGUUGAAGAUCGGGGAGGAGGAAUACAAGGCACCUUUCCAUAAAGAGACAACAGCCUUGGAAAAUAUCCCAACUAGCAACAUUGAUGAUGAGAAUUUUCAGUCAAAUUUUGAUGAGAAGAAGGAUGCUAUCAAUCAUUACGGUGAAAAUCCUGAGGAAGAGAACAAGCAUGAAAGCCGGCUUAGUCAAGACUCUAAAGGAAAUUAUAGCUUCGGUAUUACCAUUUCUAGCAAGGAUGCGAAAGUUGAAACUAAGUUAAGGAAGUCCAAAUCGAAUAACCAGUCUAUAACAUUUCAGAGCUUUGUUAAGCCUCAUCGUAUGAGUACUUAUUUUGAUGAACAGCAGGAGAAGUUAAGCCCUGAAUCGAAAUAUAUAAAAUAUGAUAAGCAUUCCAUGAAUAUUAAUCUUCUUGAGAGUAGUAAUGCUGAAUCUAAAAUGACUGCUCAGAGCAGUUUGUCAAGGAAAAGGGAGAAAUCAAGGCUAAAAUCAAGGUUAAAGAACUAUUCUAGGAAAAUAAAGUACCGACCAGUGGCUAAAGCAAGGGCAAAAGCCACUAAAGAUGCUAUCCGGGUCAAGAAUAUUCUCUCAACGAGUAAUAGAAGUAGCAGAAGAAUUAACAUGAAGCAGCAAUAUGAGAACUGGAUUAAAUUCAAGUCUGCGAAUAAGAGUGCCUUCUUUGGAACCUCAGAUGACUGCUUCUAUGAGAAUAAUACAAAAGACUUACAAAAGUAUUCCAUGGAUAAUCGGGUCAACUUUGUUCAGUCUGGAGACCAAGGAAUGGUGGCAGAUUUCAAUCUACAGCCAUAUCUACUGAAAACAUGUAGAAAUAAGGGAAAGAAGGAUCCCACUAAACCAAAGGCAUUUAGGAAGCUAGAAGAGCUUACUAGACUAAGCUUGAAGGCUUCUCAUCCACCAAAUGAUUAUAAGAACAGCAUGCAAUAUAAUUUUUUGAAGUAAGGUACAGAAGAAUUAUAAGAAAAUUGAGAAGUCUUUGAAUAAUAAGAAGUGGUGCAGCUCUUCGCUGAUGGAAAUGAGAGAUCUCCAGAGAUCUCAGUCUAAGAAGAAGAUGCAAAUUAGGCUUGAGUUGUGCAAUACAAAGAUUCCUCAAAGAAUAAAGCUUGAACGCAAGAGGAGCUUACUAAGCAGGCGUUCUCAAGACCUUGCUUCUGGAAUUACGAGGAGGAAGAUCCUCGCAAUUACAGAAGGAUUAUCUAGCAAUGGCUUUAUCUCCUACCCAAACUUUCUAAGAGUGCUCAAUGAUCUAAAACUGACUUCCUUCUGUGGCAAUGAUGCUGCCCAGGAGAUUCUGGAGCAUUAUAACUUCAGCAGCUCUCAGAGUCAAGAUCAGCAGGAACUUCCUGCUGAAAUUCAGGAGUUCCUGAAGGAGCAGCAGUUUUGAAAGCAGCUAUGGAACAGGAUGAAUCAGUUCUUGUUCAACUUCAUUGAUUCCAUUAUCCUAAUAGACGUGCUCGAAAUAUUCAUGACCAAGCAAGAGCAGGCUGCUAUUAAUGAAUUUGACAACUACGUACAGGGUAUAUCCAAGACAACAGAUAUUUCGCCAGGAGAUAUAGCUGAGAAUUUGAAACGAAACCGAGACCUUGAAGUGAAGGAGAUAUGGACAACCAAGAGAAUCUUCAAGUAUUUCCUUAAGAAAAAGCCUGCUAAUUAUCAUGAUAAGGGCUAUUUUGGCCCAUAUGCAGCUAGAAGAAUGACUAGAAUUUAUGCUGAGCAUAAGAAGGAGUACUCCUUUUCCCCCAGGAUCAUCAGGAAGAAAGGCUUAGACUACCUGCAGAAAAGGCACCUAUCCUUACUUGAGAGUGGCCUCUUUGAAGACUUAAAUGAUCUUCUUUUGAAGGAACUUCAUAAGGUGAAAAGCAUACAGCUGGAGGAAUCGCCUGAAGUCACAGGCGGUUAGACAAUAAUUUUUAAUAUAUUCUUUGAAAAUA